UAAAAAUAAAAUAAAUGCUUUGUGUGGCUUUAUAAAUAUUUUAAUAUGAACGAUUUCUUAUAAGUUGGUAAUAAAUGUAUUGUUUUUCAACCGGUGUUCAGUCUUUCUUCGUGAAAGUGAUAGCAGUGGAACAUGGCGUUGUGCAACUACACGUCAUGUCUGGCGCCCACGACGGGGACAAGCCCACAAUUGUUCGCCGCCACGCUCCAGUACUUCGCAGCAGCACAAUGUCUCCUCAACCACCAGAAUAUUCCAGAUACUCCCAUUCUAAACUACCAAAGUUUUGAUUUCAUAAUAAUCGGCGGCGGAACGGCAGGGAGUGUACUUGUGAAACGACUUAGUGAAGUUAAACAUUGGAAGAUAUUGCUCAUAGAGGCUGGAGGCGACCCGCCUGUUGAAUCUCAUAUACCAGGUUUAGACAACUCACUGACUGAUGAUGAUUUUAACUGGAAUUAUGUAUCAAUGAACAAUGGAGUUAUAGAUCAAGCAAUUAUUAACGGCUCCAUAAACUUGUCCAGAGGCAAAAUGUUUGGAGGAAGCAGCAGCCUCAAUGAUAUGCACUACUUUCGUGGCCACGACCAGGAUUACCAAAAAUGGUUCGACGCUGGAAAUACUGACUGGACCCACGAUGACAUCUAUCGAUGUUUCAAAAAGAUUGAAAAUCUUCAAAAUGAGAAAAUGCUAAAGGAUCCUGCUAUAAGGAAAUAUUAUGGUGAUAAAGGAGAAAUCGUUUUAAAUAGGUUUAAUAGUACUGACAGAGAUCUUAUGAAUAGUGUUCUUAAGUCUUGGCAUGAAAUGGGAUUUAGGUAUGUACCUGAUUUAAAUAUGGUUGGUCUUAUGGGAUCAGGUAUUGUAACAGCCACAGCAGCUGAUGGAGAAAGGCAAAGUACAUAUACAGCAUACUUGGAGCCAAUCAAGAACAAAUGGAAUGUCAAAAUACUAAAAAACGCUGUGGCAAGAAAAUUGUUAAUAACAAACGAUUCAAAAUUAUGUUUUGGUGUGGAGGUAGAAAAAGAUGGUAAAAUUCUAAAUUUCUAUGCCACUCAUGAAGUCAUUUUGAGUGCUGGAGCAGUAAACACACCACAUCUCCUGAUGUUGUCAGGCAUCGGACCUAAAGAACACCUACAUUCCAAGAAUGUAACUUGUCUAGUCGAGUCUCCAAUGGUUGGACAAAAUCUUCAAGAUCAUCUUGUAGUUCCAAUAACUGUUUAUGGUGAUGGACCUGAAAAACCAACUGAAAAGGAAACCCAUCGAGAUAUUAUAGACUAUCUCCUAGAUCGUAAGGGACGAUUAGCUGAGAGCGCAAAAUUCACAGACAUAACAGCAUUUUAUUCUACCAAGAACAAACCGUAUCAUCCCGAAUUUCAACUUUACCUCUCAAUAGUUCCAAAGAAUACAACUGACUUAGACGUAUUACUUAAAUCACAAUACAGAUACAAAGAUUCCAUUAUAGAUUCUAUGACAAAACUAAACAAGAACCACUCACUUUACUUCUUUGCUUUCAAUCUUCUACACCCAUAUUCAAGAGGCAACAUUUCUUUAAACACAAAUAAUCCUAUGGACACUCCUCUCAUAUUUACAAACUACUUCAGCGAUCCAAGAGACUUAAAACUGGCAGUUCAAGGGCUUAAAAUGGCGUCGAAAGUUGUAAAGACCUCAUUUUUCAAAAAUGGAGGAUUUUUGGGAAGAAUGAACUGGGAAGCUUGUGAUGAUUUUGAACUGGAUAGUGAAGCUUACUGGGAAUGUGUUUCUAUGAAUAUGGUAACUUCUAUGAGCCAUCUUGCUGGUACAUGUAGGAUGGGACCUGAUCCUAAGACAGCAGUUGUGACCAGUAGACUGAAGGUCCAUGGAGUAUCACAUUUACGAGUGGUGGAUGCCAGUGUGAUGCCAGAAAUAACUAGUGGUAAUAUCAAUGGACCCUGUAUCAUGAUAGCUGAGAGAGGAGCGGAGUUCAUUAUGGAAGAUUAUUAUAAUUUUAAAUAGUGACUAUGGUUUUGGGAUUUGAUAAUGUUAUAAACUAGGUUUAAGGGAUAUAAAUGUUCUAUUUUUUACUAUAGUUUGUUGUUUGUUCUAGGUACUGAACCUACGAAAUUCUAAAAGUGCUAUUAAAGCCAAUUUUCUUGUAAAUAAAUAAACUAUCUAAGAAUCUUA